GGAGCUCCAGGGAAGCCAGGACAGCAAGGCUCCCAGGGACAAAUGGGACCAUGGGGACAGGAAGGGUCACCUGGAGAGAACGGCAGGAGGGGAGCAGAGGGACCACAUGGCCCAGAGGGACACAUAGGCGACCGUGGCAAGAUUGGCGUUCCUGGUUUUCCUGGUCAUGAUGGCUCAUCAGGCCACCCUGGAGCAGGUGGUGAGCCUGGUUUGCCAGGAGCAGAUGGCUGUAAUGGGACAAGGGGACGAUCAGGAGUCUUUGGUAUUCCUGGUUUGGAUGGUCUCCAUGGGCCUGCUGGGAUUAGCUGGACCUAAAGGGAUUAAAGGAGAACCCUUGUAUGGUGCUGCCCUUCCAGGGAUUCCGGGGGAGCGUGGUGGAGAUGGACAACAUGGUCUACCUGGAAGACAAGGAGACAUUGGGCCUAAAGGGCACACUGGCCCUCCUGGCCCUCUUGGAUAUGAGGGCUCGGAAGGACGUAGAGGUGUGAGAGGACAACCAGGCGACCCCGGAGGAUCACUGGCAGGAGCUAAAGGUGACAAUGGUGAGCAAGGCUCGCCUGGCCCACAAGGACCAGAAGAAGUCAUGAACUUUCCUCCAGACUUUCUUCCGGUUAAAGGUUACAAGGGAGAACAAGGUCUUCCUGGACCAUGUGGAUCAAAGGGCUUAAGCGGUGGUAGAGAAGACUACAACAUUCAAGGAAUUAAAGGAGAGCAAGGAAUCCUCGGUUUUCCUGGAAUGAGGGGUCUUCCAGGAUUUCCUGGUAGAGAUGGACUGCCAGGACCUGAGGGUUUCCACGGAGAGAAAGGAUUUCCAGGUCUCAUUGGAAUAAAUGGACCAAAGGGUUACCCAGGAGAUCCAGGUCCAUCCGGUCCUCUGCACUUUCACAAUGGAAGUAAUGCAAGAGGUGUUAAAGGUGAUCGUGGGUAUCCUGGAAAUCCUGGAACCCCAGGUGACGCUGGGUACAUGGGCAUGCAUGGACCUACUGGUCCACCAGGGUCAACCUUACCAGAAGAGCCCGGUCUGCCAGGUCAACCAGGGUCCCUUGGCCCCAAGGGCUACAAGGGAGAGCAAGGAAGGUAUAAGAACUUUGAAAAUCUGUUUCCGGGAUCAAAGGGAACUAAAGGAUUCCUCGGACCUAAAGGUGUCACAGGCCCCCCGGGUCCUCCAGGAUGUGGAGAUUACUACUGUGAGCCUGGUUACCCAGGGGACCCUGGCAGUGCAGGACCUAAAGGAUCUCAUGGAAACAAAGGGCCCAAAGGAAUUAAAGGUUGUGAAGGGGAAUGUAACUGUAGGUCUGGUGGGGGAAGCAAAGGGCUUCCCGGUCCAACUGGUGAUCCAGGAUUUCCAGGGUUACCUGGAACUCUAGGAUUUAGAGGAGACCCGGGGCUGAAAGGAUAUGAGGGUUCAAGAGGACAAGUAGGCUUUCAAGGAAUUCCUGGUUUAAAAGGACACAAGGGUCAAAAAGGUCACACUUUUGUGGUAGAUACCAAAGGUGCCAAGGGAAACCAAGGAUUUCCUGGACAUUCUGGUCCUCCUGGAGCAACAGGUAGUUCAGGACAGGAUGCCCUCCCUGGUCCUGCAGGGGACCGUGGAACACCGGGUGCUGGAUAUGAAGGAUUACCUGGUCCCAAAGGUGACCCUGGUGUUGCAGGACCCAAAGGGUUUCCAGGGGAUAUAGGCCCCCCAGGUCCUGGUUUUCAAGGCACCAAGGGGCUACCUGGACCUAAAGGUCAUCAAGGACGUUCUGGCACCUCAGGAAUUCCUGGACGAUCAGGCCCCCCAGGUGAAAUUGAGACAUGCUGUCAUGAAGAAGAGAUUGGAUCACAUGGUCCUAAGGGUGAGCCAGGUUCACCGGGGAUUCCAGGUACGCUAGGAAGAGAUGGUCCUCUGGGAACUCCGGGACACCCAGGCCCAAAAGGCAUGAACGGAGAUGACAUUGUAGCUGGAGGGAUUGGACUGAUCGGAUCUCCAGGUUUAAAUGGGUGUCAAGGUGACCCCGGUCCCAGUGGAAUUAGCCUGGACGGCCCUUCAGGCCCUCCUGGGUUACUGGGACGUCCAGGCAGAAAGGGUGACCCAGGAGAUGUUCUGUCUGCUCGGCCAGGUGCUACUGGCACACCUGGCCGCCUUGGGGCUGUGGGGACAAACGGACACCGUGGCAUUCCUGGAAACCCAGGGUCUCCAGGCGCACAAGGCCAACCUGGACAACCUGGAUGGAAAGGAGAGCCAGGACUCAAUGGUGACCCUGGAGCCACUGGUCCCCAAGGCCCACCCUGCACUGAAUGUGAACUGAAAGAAUCUCCAGGCCCUCCAGGAAACCCUGGACGCGGGGGAAUACCAGGCUACAUUGGUCAGAAGGGUUUAAAGGGAGAUAUAGGUCCACCUGGUCAUGGACUAAGGGGUCCAGAAGGUUUCCCUGGCCCUCCCGGUUUGCCAGGCCUGGCUGGAACAAGAGGCCCCACUGGCCCCUCGGGAGAUCCUGGGACUGAUGGCUGGUCAGGACAGAAAGGUGAAAGUGGUUACCCAGGCAUGGCCAAAAGUUUACCAGGUCAUCCUGGACCUGCGGGACCCCGAGGUAAACAGGGAGAGACAGGCUUUAAUGGUCACCCAGGUGAACCUGGAUACCAAGGACAGCCUGGUAAUAAAGGUGUGCGUGGAUCACCCGGAAUACCAGGACCAUCUUGGAUUGUGAAUAUGACAAAGGGCCCACCAGGACCUUCAGGAAGGAAGGGGCAAAAAGGAGAACAAGGACCUGCAGGCUCAAAGACCCAAAGGGGAGUGCCAGGUGAUUCGGGGCCUGAUGGACGGCCUGGUUCGCAAGGGUUUAAAGGCAGCACUGGUGCUCCAGGCAGGGCAGGAAGACCAGGUUCUCCUGGGUACUCUGGAAUCAAAGGUUUCCCUGGUCCAAGGGGAUAUCAUGGACAGGGUGGAGAUCUGGGAGAUCAAGGGCCUUGGGGACAAACGGGUAUCCCAGGGUUACCAGGAUUUCCAGGAGCCAAGGGUGAGUCAGGACAAUCUUAUGGACAACCUGGUCCAUCUGGACCCAAAGGAAUGCGAGGGGACGAUGGAUACAGUGCACCCAGAGGGAUUCCAGGAGAUCCAGGGGACCCAGGACCCCGGGGAAGGUCAGGACAACUUGGACAAACAGGCAUUGUCGGGGAACCAGGAAGACAAGGAGUACCAGGCUUCCCUGGGCCUCUUGGCUUAACAGGUCGUCCAGGUCUUCCAGGUCUUCCAGGCGAUCAUGGAGGUCUGGGACCACCAGGCCCACCUGGCCCAUAUGGGCCUCCAGGGUCCCCUGGAACACCAGGCCUGGAUGGACUGGAUGGGCUUAGAGGUCCAAACGGGAUGAAAGGAGAAAGUGGCAUAGGUAUCCAUGGCCCUCCUGGACCAGAUGGUUUUCCUGGAGUCAAAGGCCUCAGGGGCCAGCAAGGGGCUCCAGGAGCCACUUUUCCUGGGCCUAAAGGCGAGAGGGGCCCACCUGGCAUCACAGGUCUUCCAGGCUUCCUCGGUGGACCUGGUAACCCUGGCAAAGAAUGCUUAAAGCGUCCGCCAGGAACCUACGGGGACAUAGGAUAUGAAGGGCCUCCAGGACCGGCAGGCUCUCGUGGGGAGCCGGGCCCUCCAGGCAGCAGCAUUUACUCCAAAGGAGAUCCAGGUCCAAAUGGCCUCCCUGGGUUUCCAGGUCGUAAGGGAGAUGGGAGCCUCCCAGGGCCUCCUGGGUCUCAGGGCUACCCAGGCUUUACAGGACCAAAAGGUGAGAGAGGUCCUGCUGGUCCUGGAGGUCCUCCAGGACCCAAAGGUCAGUUUGGGGUCCCUGGGCCUUGGGGCCGCAAGGGAUUAACUGGCCCAACUGGAAAUGCAGGUACCAAAGGUCCACCUGGUGAUGUCAUCAGACAAGACCAAGUGGGGCCUCCCCCUGUACCCCAAGGAUCACGUGGUUUCCCAGGAUCUGUGGGAUUCCCUGGCGAUGCGGGUCCUCCUGGGACUCCAGGACGUAAAGGACAAAAGGGUCCCAUUGGGUAUGUCGGCCUCCCUGGCACACCAGGUCCUGUUGGUCGUGAUGGUCCUAUUGGAGACGCAGGAGAUGUUGGUCAGCUAGGAUUUACCGGACCUCAAGGUAUCCCAGGUCCACCCGGUAAUCCAGGUCAGCUAGGCCAUCCAGGGGUGUUGAGCUCAGGCUUCCUUUUGGUUAUCCACAGCCAGUCAGUUCAGGUGCCACAGUGCCCUGAAGGCAGCAGUCCUCUUUGGGUGGGCUACAGUCUGGUCUACUUGGAGGGACAAGAGAGGGCUCACACUCAAGAUCUGGGCCAGGCUGGCUCCUGCCUCCCUGUUUUCUCCACCAUGCCGUUCUCCUACUGCAACAAGGCUGCCUGUCACUACUCUAGUCGCAACGACAAAUCCUAUUGGCUCUCCACCACCGCUCCCAUACCCAUGAUGCCACUCUUUGGCCAGGAGAUUAGCUCCCACAUCAGCCGCUGUGUGGUCUGUGAGACAGUUUCGCCUGCAGUGGCUGUUCACAGUCAGGAUCACAAUGUCCCUGCCUGCCCACCUGGCUGGAGUAGUCUGUGGACCGGGUACUCUUUCCUCCUGCACACAGGGGCAGGUGAUGAGGGUGGUGGCCAGUCUCUGACUUCUUCUGGUAGCUGCCUUAAGGAUUUCCGAACAAAUCCCUUCAUAGAGUGCCAGGGUGCGCGCGGGUCCUGUCACUACUUUGCCAACCUCUACAGUUUUUGGCUGACUACUGUUAGUCAAGCAGAACAGUUUAUUACUCAGAGGCCUGGCACCAUCAAGGCAGCUGACCAACAGCGACGCAAAGCCAGUCAAUGUCAUGUCUGCCUCAGAGCACAGUAAUGGACCUCUAGUCACUUUUAGUUGUAACAUAAAUUAUAUAAGCCUUAUAUUUGAUGACAAAUGUGACGUCGCAAUUUUCAUGCAUUGUUACCUUUUAUUUGAACAAUUUUUCUUCUACUUUGCUACUUGCUGUUACUGUUCUUUCUUUUCUGUCAUUGUUUUUAAUGAGUUGCUAUUUCUAAUGAUGGAAAUGUUUGAUAAUUGAUCAUCUUGCUGCUGUACAUAAAGAUUUUGUAAUAAUCCACUUUUUCAGACUAGUCCUUUAGGAUAAAUAUUCUUUCGUUCUUCAUCACAUUGUGCUCCUCAAUUAAAAAGCUUUCUUUUAAAGUUUCAACACAGCAAGUUAUUCAGAGUUCAAUAGCUUCGACAGCUGGAAAAACAACAACCUACAUGCAAAAAUCCCAAGAUGGGAGAAAAUGAAUAAUUUUAACAGGAUACAGGUUUUCCAUAGCGGGUUUCAAGUUCAUAUUUAUUUAUUUCUCUCAACAGAACC